UUUUUGUUCCUUGGAAGUCGAACAUAGUUUAAUUUAGAGGUUCUGUUAGUUCUCAUAGUGACAACAGAUCAUGUUAAAGUAGGAAUGAGUUUUUCCUUUGUGAUGAUUUUAAAAUAAGAUGCCGCAUGGUUUAAUGGUAGCAGGUUAGAUGGCAGAUGGUGACGUCAGAUUUACAGGCAGAAAUGACAGGGCAGACUCAGACUUCUGAGGGUUGCUAAAUGUGACCAAAAUCUGGUUUAUAUAGACAGAAUUUAGAGACAUGAUCCUGCUGUGACUGAAAAUAACAAUAUGUGACAGCUGCAUCUUUUCAAGCCUUAUUUGUGGCCAUAUUUGUUAAAGCAGCAGGUGGACAAGUGUGGUGUGUCUUGUCGAUUUGGUUAAAACUGAUUACUUUAGAGACUGUUUUAGGAACAAUCGAGACUUUGUUGUGUUUGUAGGAAAUAGUGGAGCACAAUGCCUCUGGAAUUUAGGGAGGGGAGCAGGACAAAGAUAAGCUGGUAUUUCGGUCAGAGUAACAAAAGCACCUGUCAGACAAAAGACCUCCUUAAAGGCCAUAUGAGAUUAGAUUACUAGAAAACAACGGCUCCUAUAUUCACACAUGCCAUCAUACAUGUCCUGGAUUUCACAUGUGUUUGGUGUGUUUUUUCAUGUGUGUUACUGAAGCUCUUUUGUCUCGCUCAGUGUUAUCUGUGAAGAAGAGGAAAAAAGGAUUUGAAUCAUACCAGCAGUGGGACCACUGGCACCAAAGUGAAGAACAAGUUUGGCAGACACACACUUUGGAUUACAAAAUAAACUCAUCACACCCCUCCAGACCAGACCAUCAAGAAGAAUUCCUGAUUUAAAAACCAGUCCACCUGCCGCCUGUGUGACUUUAAGUCCAAGACCUGGGACAAUGCUUCUCUGAGUGACGCCUGCAUCUAUCAGCAAUGUUCACCCCCAGGAAAGACAGUCUCCCGUCCCCUAGCUUGGAGGACUCCUUCUUCCCUCUCUCCUCGUCCUCCUCAGUGUCACUCUCCUUCGCUCUCCCGUCAUCCACAUCCUCUCUUGGUAGCAGUGACAGCGGAGGAGGGAUUGAGACAGAUCUGAUACUAGCGGCGGAGCUGGGACAGGCUUUACUGGAGAAGAAUGAGGAGCUGGCAGCCUCUCUGGAGCAGAGGGAGAGGGAGCUGGAGGCUGUACAGCAGGAGAAGCACGUCCUGCAGAGGAAGCUGGAGAUGAACGAACUAGCAUCUGGGCAGAGAGAGGCAGAGCUGACUGCAGAUUUAGCCGCCUUGAGGGCUGAGCUGGAGCGACAUCACAGCCAGGGCCGUGACCGGCGGAGGGACGAGAGUGAGCAGCUGACUCAGUUAGCCAAUCAUAACCAGCGCUUGGUGGAGCAGCUGGCAGAGGCUGUAACACUGGAACACACCUUGAGGACUGAGAUUCGUUCCCUCAGAGAGGAGAUGGAGGAAUCAUCUUUCAGCCGGAAUAUCAACUUCUCACAGCUAGACAACAUUCAGGCAGAGGUAUACCAACCAGUCACUUCUUAAUGUUCUGCACAAGCAAAUCAAUACCAAAAUAACUGGCUCAGUUUUAGUGUGAGAGUCAUAAACAUAUCCUGAAUGCUGCAGGAGAGCAGGUGAUGCACAUAAAGCAUUACAUUUCAAACAUGGCCAAACACUAUGAAAUUAUGAUACAACAUGAAAGUGAGGAGAGACGUUUUUAAGGGUGCUUUCACGCUUGGUUCUUUUCAUGCCUCUAAACGAGCAGUGACUCAGCAUUUUUUGUGCAUAUGUGAACAUCCCAAGAGAACUCAGACUGCUCUGAAGCAAAUCAAACUCAGACCAUGUCAGGCGGUAGUCUGAAACUGGUUUGUUUCAAGUCUGCAGUGAGGUUCACUUAACCCUCUUUGCAGUUGGUUUGUUUGUCUUUGUAGUUGUUUUGUGUGACUUUAUAGCUGUUUUGUGACUCUUUAGAGUUGGUUUGUGUAUCAUCGUAGUUGUUUUGUGUCUCUUUGUAGUUGUUUUGUGUCUCUAUGUAGUCGUUUGUUGAUCUUUGUAGUCAUUUUGUUUCUCUUUGUAGUUGUUUUGUGUCUUUGUAGUUGUUUUGUCUCUUUGUAGUCGCUUUGUGUCUCUAUGUAGUUGUUUGUUUCUCUUUGUA